AUGUCGUUCUUUGGCUUCGACACGACUCUGCCAGGCAAAGUGUCGGGUGCUGGCGAUACUGGUCUGGAGAGCAAAUUUCGUAAUACAUCGCUCGGCGCUGGAGCGAGGGAAGAUGUAGAGAUUUACACGUGGGGUCAGGAUGGCAACGACGGGCUCGGAGAUCUGCUCGAAGAAGAAGGAGAUGAUUUCAACGACGAUACCUUUGGCUUUGGCGGAGCUGGUGGAGACGUCGGUGAGGCCAAAUGCCGCUUUCAACGAACGCUUUGCGCACCCACAUCGCACUGCGUUGAACCUGAUCAAGCAAGUGUGGCUGACCUAUAAAGUUUUUGCCAUCAUCUUCUCUCAGGCACGGACUUUGACUUUGCGGGUCAGACCGCAAAACAAGGAGCAGCUCAGAGCUCCUAUCCUCAGCAGCAAAACAAGCCUGCCGGAGACGCACGCUUCGUCAGUACUUUGGAUGAUUUCUGGGGAUUGCCAAGCGCACCCGUCGGCGCAGCUUUUGGCCAACCUGCUCCUCCUGCUAGCCAGGGUACGUACCAGCCUCAGGAAGAGCUGUUCCAACGCGAGAGCUCUUGCGAUCGUUGCCUGCCGGCUCAACGCUGAAUGAAUGCUUCUUUGCCUCCCCCUAUCUUCGCACAGAGCCACCUCAAGUUCAGGUUUAUCAGCCCCCACCGCCGGCAGCAACUCAAACGGCGAGCAGACCUCCUCCUCGCACUAUGGAGGAGGUAGAAGCUGAAAUGCGCGCUGCUGCUCAAGCCAGGGCUGCUGCUUCCGGCCAACAGCAAUCUCAGCCGAGCGCUCCAUCCUCAACGCCUGCUUCUCAGCCUGGUCGUCCGCUGACCCUGGAAGAAGUCGAAGCUCAAAUGCGUGUUCGUCAGCAGCAGCAGCAGCAGCAACAGCAACAGCAACAGCCCUCACAGCCUGUGCCUGGUCUGGAAGCUUCUCAAGCGCAGCCUUCAUCUCAGAUACCUCCCGCAUUUCCAAGCUUGGAGGCACCUCAACUAGGUGCUGUGCCACAGCUUCCUGCGGGCUUCGGAUUGGGUCCAGCUCACUUUCCUCCACUGGGCGCCACUGGUCCUCGUGUGGCCACAGCCGGAUCUCGAUCAGGUACGCCAGGCAUUAGCGGGCCUGGACGAGAUGGCAUGCCACCCGCAGCGACUGCUAUGCACAACGCGGCGCAGAACAAUGCCGCUGCCAAACAAGCGCAUAUGGCCCAUCUCAAAGCCUUAUUGGACGCUCUUCCUGCCCCUGUCAGGGAAGGUGUGCUUCGGUUGCCACCACACGCCCAAUUUGCCAGUCUGGAAGGCGUCGCACACCAAUUCCCUGGGCUUUUGAGACCCGAAGAAGCUCCGAAUGUUAUAGGAGCCGCGCUGGCUAAGCUGUCAGAGGUCGAGCAACAUGAAACGCGCUUGGCUCGCAGAGCGAUGAAGAUUCAAGCCAUGGUGAGUGCUUACGCUCUCGUGCUCGGUAGGUGUCCUCGGGGCUGAUGCUUCCACCUUCAUCACGUAGUCGCACUACAACAACCUCAUGACCAUCUCCGACAAAGACUUCAUCACGCGCAUUCAAGUAUCGACACUGGUCACGCAGGAUCCUUAUGCAGAUGACUUUUACGCUCACAUCUACUUUCAGCUGCGGGGAGGUGGGCCUACUCAGAGUGCUGCUGACGGCGCUCCGAGUGGACGAGCUCAGGCUGGUGGCAGGGCACCACCCAAGGGUCCGGCAAAAGGACGCAAAGGCAAAAGCGCACGUGAUCAAGCCAUGUCGCGGAUGCAAGCACAAGUGGAAAGGAUUGUUCAGAACCGCAAAGAGAGAUCGGAAAAGGCAGCUGCUGGAGCGGCUCUCGAGGGCGCGCUGGGUCGUGUAGGCCCAAGCACGACCAAAGCGCCUCGGCAGAUGCUGCAAGUCGAUGCUCGAUCUGCUACGCCCAAGCCGGAUGGCGCUUCGGGCAGCACCCAAGCUCAGGACGCGGUCAGAGCUGCUCUGCAGGGAACUAGCUUGGCUCACGAGACCAUCCUGCCUGACGGUAUGCAACCUGCGCUUGGCAAACACGUCGUCCUGGGCGUCCUCGAGAAGCUGUACGAGAUCGUCCUAUCACUGGAGCAGAUGCGCAGAUCUGCUCCCAGCCCUCCAUCCGGACCGACUGAAGAGCCCUCAUCGGACUACCUUGCAUGGCAACAACAACAGAGUCAAUUGGUGUCAACGCUCUGGUCGGAACUUCGAGUCUUGGAGCCUCUGCAGGUUUCUGAUCCUCAUCCUUUCAUCAGCUUGAUGUCGACCAUCAAAGGCAAACGUCUGCUGCCUCGCGCACUGCGACAUUUGACUCAAGAGCAGGUGCUCACAGCUCUCACUCUGAUAGUGGCUACCUUUUCUCAAUUAGACAUUGUCAGGCAAGGCUCAGCGCUGGAUGUGCCGCUUGAAGGGGGCGCCAAUGUUUCACGAGAGAAUAGAAGAGAAGCAGUCAGACAGACCGAAGCCUUCUCCACGAGCGUUGUCCCUGCUAUGCUCAGUCUGAUGGCCGGCGCAAGCAUGCGAAUAGUCAGCGGAAUGCUGGCGCUCUUCGUAGAGAGAAAUGACUUGAUCAGUGUGGCGAAGACUCGGCCUGGAAUCGCCUUCCUCACCAUCUUCCUCUCUAGGGCCGAAACUUUGCGCCAGGGAGGAGCAGCAGUGUCCGACGUGGAAGCACCCUCGGCGGACGAGUUGGAGCAAUGGACGGAAAUCUUUGGUCUGCUCUUCCGCAAGCUGACUUCGCGUUCUGGCGAGCUGGCUAGCCUUUUCCCCUCCAGCCGAGCGCGCAACGCGAUACCAUUCGGAAGCGCCUAUUACGAGGGGGCUUCUGCGCCUGGUGGAAGUGUGAGCUUGGGCAAGGAGAGGAACAUCGACAGCGAAGAUGAACCAGUCUGGAACCUCAUGGCUGCCCUCGCUGUCAGUUCGGCGACGGAGCAGCAGCACGUGCUCGUGCAGGAACUCAGAGAGAAGAUAUUGGAAAACGUCUUUGCGGCAAGAGAAUGGGCCGAGAGAAGAGGCAACUCGGAAUCGGAUGCUGAUCUGAGAAUCAGAAAUGUCAACUUGCUCGUGAGUAGACUCUCGAGGUAUCUUGGGCAAAGCUUUGCUCCAUUUGCGCCUCUGACGUUCUGUUCGUGUCCCUGUCUUUAGCUCCAUGCCCUCAACCUCGACGCGGCUCAAAUCACCGUCUGA